AUGGCUCAUGCUGAUGAUGAAAGUGACAGCAACGAAUAUGCUCCUGAUGAUGCACAACAAUUUUUACAAAAACGUCUUUUUGGUAUCCCAUUUCCUCGUGAACAACGUCGAGAAGCUAAAGAAAGAUAUGAAGAACGAUGUGAACGUGCUUUGGGUAUUAAUAAAGUAACUGGUCUUCAACGAUGGUGCCCAAAACUUGAAGAAUGGGAUCAAUGGCGUACAGCAACAAGAAAUGAUAAACGCCGUGGCUAA